AUGCGGUGUCUGUUGGCUCUAUCUCUGGUGCUGGGGGCGGUGGGAGGAGGGAGGCGGGAGUGCGGGGGGGUGAUGGAGGGGAGCGGGGGUCGAGUCGAGUCGCCUGGUUACCCGGAUGGGUAUCCCAGAGGGGCGGAAUGCGUCUGGACUGUUGUGGCGAACGGACCAAUACGGCUGACCUUCGAUGACUUUGCCCUAGACGCAAAAUCGGCUUGCCUGGAUGAGUACGUGGAGAUACGAGACGAAGACAGUCGAUGGACCUUCUGCGGGGAGAAGAAUCCGGGAACCGACGUCUGA